AUGCUCAGGCACAGGGUCGCCGGCGGGGCAGGGUCCGGGAACUCAGCACCGGGCUGGAGCACUGGAGAGGCCAGGGCCGCACGGCGCGCCUACCUGCGCGCAGCGGCCGCCCUGCUGGAAAGCAGGCACGCCAGGCCGGAGGCUCAGCACGAGGCCUCCGCAGCAGACGGCCUCGUGACGCUGGUCGCCAUGCUGACAGGGUCGGGGGCGGCGACGGAGCUCGUGCUGGACGUGGGUCACACCCUGCUGAGCAUGCUGCGCGGCAGGUCGCUGGCGCGGCAGGCCCUGAUCUGCGGGCUGGAGGGGCUGGGGUGCCCGGCCAUCCUCCUCCCGCUGGUGGGGCACCCGGACGAGGGCGUGACCCUGCUGGGGCUGCGCCUCAUCACGGCGUGCUCGGCGCGGCCCCUGGCCGACGGCGUGCUUACCGGCCUGCAGGCCCUGCUCCUGCCCCGCCUCUUCCGGGAUCAAACGCGGGACGCGCUGCUGGAGAUGAUGUGUGGCGGCGCGGCCUGGGACUGGGUGCGGCGGUCGCAGAUGGGCUCCGUGCCGCUGGCGAUCAACCCGGGAGUGGCGCCGCUGCUGGUCCAGCUGGCGCUGCGGGCGGCCCAAGCACAGCGCGACGCCACGCUGCGCGCGCUGUGCGCCCUGGCCGAGGCCCAUGCCCCCAACCGCGACGGUCUGCUGGCCAGGCCGGGGCUGACCUCCCUCCUCCUCGACGCCGCCCUGAUCGCUGGGGGGGGGUGGGGAGUGGGGCGUGAGGCUGGAGAGGCGAUUCGGAGUGGAGAGGGAAGGAGGGACCUGAAUUCCGCACGGCCGGGCGGCGAUCCAUUGGAUGACCCCGCCUGGAGCACGCUGUGCGCGCUGCUGUGCCACGCCGUUCGGGCCGUGCACGGCGGCGUGCGCGACCACCUGGCGCCCAUCCUGGCGCACGCCGCCAUGCGGGGGCUGGGCACCGUCGACCCCGAGGAGGGCCGGGCAGCGGGCGUGCUGGUGGACGCCCUGCUGCGAGCCGUCCUGGGCCGGCUGGAACAGGCGCAGGGCCCAGGCGAGAUCCCCCUCCCCUCUCGGGCGUCCCCGUCCGAGGACGAUGACAGCUGGACGCUGGUCACCUCCUGGCUGGCGGAGCCGUACCUGACCAACGCCUGCGAGCUGUGCGCCCUCCUGCACGCCCACCUCGCCCACUCCCUGCCCUUGCUGUGCGGGGCGCAGUCCCCGACCGCGGGUGCCGACUCUUGUGAUGAGUGGCGGUCCGGCGCAGCCGACGCGGCGCGCUGGCUGGCCGAUCCUGGGGCCUCGCCGCCGGGCACGCUGCCCGCCCCGGCCUGGCGGCUGCUGGGCGACGGCGCGGCGGCCGCGCGAGAGCUGCACCUCCUCCUCGCCUGCUGCAUGAAGCUGGACCGCGCCUGGGCCGGCGAGAGCGAGGCAGUGGACGCCGAGCUGUGGAGCGCCACCGCUGCCGCCCUGCACAUUGUCGUCGGGGCGGUCACCCGGGCGCUCAUCGUGAUCGACGCGUUCCGCAGCAGUCAGGAAGACAGCAAGGGGAAUGGCAGCGGCGAGGCGAGCCAGGCAGCCACGCCGAGCGAGCGGCGGAGCGCUGCCGUUCGAUCUCCCACCCCAGAGGCCGUGCUGGACGUCGGGGAGGUGGUCGCUGCCGCGCGCACCGCCGUGGGUGUGCUGCUGCAGAUCCCAGAGGCGCUGGCCGCCGCCGAGGCCGGCAGGACGGCCCUACUGGCCGGGCGGACAGCCGCGCUGGAGGCCGACGCGGCGGCAGCGGCAGACGGCGCGGCCGACGCCACGGAGCAGGCCCUGCAGCUGGAGCUGGAGGCCGAGGGCGCCAUCUGGCGCCCGGCCCAGAGCGUUGCGCUCUGGCGGCUGGACACGGGCUGGGAGGACGGCGGCCGCCGGCGCCGGCGCCUGGUGCGCCUGGUGCGCCGCCCGAUCUACUGCGACGAGGCGGGGCGGGGCGAGGAGGAGGUGUUGGAGGAUCGCUCCGGCCGGUCUGGAGUGGGGAAUGACGGCGAGGAGGAGGGAGCGAACUGCCCGAUCACGACCCUUGCGCCGGCAGAGCCCACACCCACCCUGGGCCGCCUGGUGGCUGGCACGGUCAUGGAGGUGUUGGCGGGCGAGCAGGGGGCACUUGCUGAGGUGGAGGAGGAGACGGGUGCAGGAGCGCGUGGCGAGGAGCACGGGCCCGAUCGAAGUUGCAAUGUGGAUGCGCAGUCGUCCAUGUCUUUGCGCAAGACGGCGGUGGGCGGGCAGGGCCCCUCGCAGCCAUGGGGCCAGGACGGCACCGAGGAUCAGCAGCAGGCCGCAAGCCCGGCCCGCCCGGGCUCGGGCAUGCCUGCGCUGGUCAGGACGGCGCUCACCGCGCUGCCGGCGGCCUGGCAGAGCACGCUGACUGGCGGCUGCCAACUCACCGACCUGAGCUGCGAGCUGGUCUGGCCGGGGGGCGCCCUGCCCGGCUGCCUGGAUCUUCGGUCUGCGGCUGGAAGUCUGCGCUUCUGGCCGAGCGACACUGGCGAUCUUUGUGCGGGGGGUGAGGGCACAGAUACUGGUACCCAGGAGCUUGCCGAGGAGGCAGAGGAGACCGGCGCCGCAGGAUGGCGCUGGCGGCUGGAGGAGGUCGCCGCCAUCCACCACACGCGCCACCUCCUGCAACCAGUUGCCUUGGAGGUCUUCUUCCGGGGCGGCAGCGGGCGGGGUCCCGUGCUGCUCAGCUUCCCCUCGCAUCGAGCAAAGCGUGCCGCCUGCGAUGCGCUGGCACGGGCGUGCCCCCAGGCCCAGGUCCUAGACGACCGGCGUAAGAAGGAAAGGGCCGCUGAGCUGCAGGGAGCCUGGUGCAGGUGGGAGAUGAGCACCUUUGACUACCUCAUGGCCCUCAACACCCUGGCUGGGCGCACCUACAAUGACCUCAACCAGUACCCGGUCUUCCCCUGGGUUCUGGCAGACUACUCUUCCCCCACUCUAGACCUCUCAGACCCGACUGUAUACCGUGACCUGACCAAGCCCAUAGGUGCUUUGAACCCACAUCGCCUCGCCUCCCUUCGGGAGAGGUCUGCAUCGCUGAUCCAUGAUCCCGAUGUGCCCCCAUUUCUGUACGGAUCCCACUACUCCUCCGCUGGAUCGGUCCUGUUCUAUCUCCUGCGACUGGAGCCCUUUACGCGCCAUGCACGUGCGCUGCAAGGCGGUCGCCUGGACCAUGCGGACCGCCUCUUCCACUCUUUGGAGGCAACAUGGCAGAACUGCUUGAACAGCACUUCAGACGUGAAGGAGCUGACUCCAGAGUUCUACUAUCUACCAGACUUUCUAGAGAACGGCAAUGCGUACCACUUGGGCACACGCCAGGAUGGCGUGCGGCUGGGGGACGUUCAGCUGCCCGCAUGGGCUGGGACCUCGCCCCACACCUUCAUCCACGCCAUGCGGGAGGCGCUGGAGGGGCCCCACGCCUCAGCCUCCAUGCACCACUGGAUAGACUUGGUGUUUGGAUGCAAGCAGCGAGGCCCUGCCGCUGUGGCGGCUGACAAUACCUUCUAUUACCUCACCUACGAGGAUAUGGUGGACCUGGAUCGAAUCGCCGACCCGGUGCAGCGCGCCGCGGUGGCCGCUCAGAUCCGGCACUUUGGCCAGACGCCCAGCCAGCUGUUUCCCCGGCGGCCGCACCCCUCCCGCCGCCCGCCCCCCGCCCCCUCCCGCUGGCCGCUGCUCCAUGCGCCAGAGUGCCUGCGCGUCGUCGCGGCCCUGCCGGGGGCAAGGCCGAGCACAGCCGCGCCCGUGACCGCGCUGGCGCUGGGUCCUGACGGCACGCUGCACGCAGUGCACGCGGCGUCGCGCCUGGUCGCAUACCGCUGGCUCGCGCACCGCACGGAGGCCGGGCCCUUCACCUUUGGACAGACCGCCGCCGAGCCGGCCGGCGCCGGCCAGGGCCUGCUGGAACCGUGCGGGGCAGGGCUCACCCUGCUUGACCCCGGCCCAGGUCCUGGCAUCACCCCAACCCAGGCCCCGCCCGUCGCCUUCCUGCCGGGCACGCGGCACGUGGCGCUGGGCGGCGCCGAUGCCACGCUGCGCUGCGCCUGGGUGGAAAGCGGCGCGCCCAGCGCCGCGGCGUCCUACCACCAGGACGCCCUCACCUGCCUGGCCGCCGACGAGGGAGUGGUGGUGACCGGCUCUCGCGACGCCACGCUCCUGGUCUGGGAGAUGGGCGCGCGCGGGGUGGAAAGGGCGCCACGCCGCCCGCGCGCCACGCUGCAUGGCCACCCCUCGCCCGUGGUGGCCGUGGCGGUCAGCACCCCGCUAGACCUGGUGCUCAGCGCCUCGGCCGGCGGGACCCUGUUGCUGCACGGCCUGCGGGAUGCCAGGUUGCUCCGCUCCAUCCCCUGCCCCGCCACCCCGGCCCUGCUGGCGGUGGCCCCAGGCCCCGGGGUGCUGCUGACGCACUCCCACGCCGACCUGGCCAUCCACGGGUACGGCCUGAGCGGGCAGCGGCUGGCGAGCGUUGAGGUGUACGAGCGGCUGGCGGACAUGCAGGCCAGCCCCGACGGGCGUCUGCUCCUGACUGUGGGCAGCGGCGGCGGCCUCGCCAUCCGCGACCUGGCCACGCUGCGUGUGCACCUCAAAAUCGCACUGCACGCUGGACCCCUCACGACCCUGGUUCUGACCCCGGAGCAGUGCGUGCUGGUGGGCACGAGGUCCGGCGGGCUGAUCCUGCUGGCGCCGGACCUGCGUCGCACCGUGUCCCCCCGCCCCCUGCGCUUUGGGGACUGGCCUUGA